AUGCUCACGCUACUGUCAGUCUUGCUCGUCAUAACAAGGGUGCCACAGACAAAAGCUACAAUCUAUCCGUUGGUGGAAUCAUGGCAUGGCGAUGGUUUUUUCGAUGGGUUCCGUUUUCCAGCAGAGACAUAUGAUAACACUACAAACGGCUACACCUUUUGGGCAACCGCCCAAAACACCUCUCUCCUCCGAACCACCUCUUCGGGAACCACCAUCCUCGCCGUCGACAACACCUCCUCAGUCGCCUACGAUUCCAAACGCUACGCCCCCAAACUGCUGAGCAAAUCGCUCUAUGACGUCGGGACUGUUUGGGUGAUGGAUACGGUUCAUAUGCCUUAUGGAUGUAGUGUAUGGCCUGCAUUUUGGACUCAGGGCGCCAAUUGGCCAGAAGGCGGCGAGAUCGAUAUCAUGGAAGGUAUCAACAACCAAACCACAAACGUGAUAGCUCUCCAUACUUCCAACACCACCACAUGCACCGUCGACUCCUCUUCAACCUCCUCCUUCUCGGGUACCGUGGAAAACAACGAUUGCAACAAUAGCCUGAAUAGCGGUGCGGGGUGUACUGUCAAGGAUGGAGAUGAGAAGAGUUAUGGCGCAGGGUUUGCGGAGGCCGGAGGAGGCGUGUAUGUUGGAGAGUACGCGGAAGAUGGGAUCAGAGUGUGGUUUAUCACUAGAGCCGAUGUCCCAGAAUCUUUGACAGCGGACGCCUCCUCUCUCGACACAUCCACUCUCGGCACACCUGUUGCAGAGUAUCUCGCUUCGACUUGUGAGAUCGACCAGGCAUUCUCGCCCCAAACGUUGACUAUCAACAUCGCUCUCUGUGGAGAUUUCGCCGGUAUCCCAGCUCUCCUGGAACAAACUUGCCCUGCUCUCGUAGGCGAUGCUACUUGCUACACAACCUACGUAAUCAACGACCAAUCCACCACCUACGCCCAAGCCUACUUUGAAAUCAACUACAUCAACGUCUUCUCCUCCAACCCUUCUUCCGUCACUACCAUCGGCUCCUCCCCCUCUUCAUCCUCUUCAGCUUCAGAAAGUGUAGCAGAGAAUACAUGGACGGGAGCCAAGACGACGACGACGAGCGAUGUAAAGAUCGGGCCAAGUGAUGUGACGACGACAGUGAGGAGCGGGGGGUGGACGACGAAUGCUGUUGGGGUACCGGUGCCCAAUGGGAUUUCCAGUGGGCUUAUGCUAGACGAGUGUCGUGUGGCGGGUUCGUGGUGA